CCCGGCCCGGCCGUUAACAGCGGCGCCGUCCCGGGACGCCGCAUGUGAACCGGGAGGGCAGCGCCGCACCGCCCCGCACCGCCCCCGCGCACCGGCACCUCACCGGCACCUCACCGGCACCCCGGCUCGGCCCUGCGGAGCUCCGGAGCAGCCGGCACCACCCCCUGCCCCGGCACCCCACCAUGAGCAACCUCAACAAGGACACCGAGCACACCAACAGCGGCGGCAACGUCGAGGAGGAGGUACGGACGCUGUUUGUCAGUGGCCUUCCUGUGGAUAUCAAGCCCAGAGAGCUUUACCUACUCUUCCGACCAUUCAAGGGUUAUGAAGGGUCACUGAUCAAGCUGACUUCAAAGCAGCCAGUUGGUUUUGUGACCUUUGACAGCCGGGCUGGUGCUGAAGCAGCGAAGAACGCCUUGAAUGGCAUCCGCUUCGACCCUGAGAACCCCCAGACCUUGCGGUUAGAGUUCGCUAAAGCCAACACAAAGAUGGCCAAGAGCAAGCUGAUGGCCACACCGAACCCCACCAAUAUCCACCCUGCCUUGGGUGCACACUUCAUUGCACGGGACCCCUAUGACCUGACUGGAGCGGCUCUGAUCCCAGCGUCCCCUGAGGCGUGGGCUCCCUACCCCCUGUACACCACGGAGCUCACCCCUGCCAUCCCCCACGCCGCCUUCACGUACCCGGCGGCCGCUGCUGCGGCUGCUGCUCUUCACGCUCAGUGAACUCCAGCCAUGAUGCCAGCGCAGGCUAGCCCUGAAGCUCAGAGCUGUCCCUGGACAUGGGACGCCCUAGUGAUGCCUUAUUGCAGCUAGUGGAGUGGCUGUACCACAGCUCCAUUCCUAGAAGUGUUAAGCAUGAUGGCAGCCACAUCUGGAAAGACUGGUAAGGUAACCAUCUCUCCUCCAAGGUGCACCAUGGGAUUUGCAAGCUUCUGCCCAUCUCUGUAGCCCGUAUCUCCUUGGCAACCCAGUGCAUGGGCCUCACGCUACCCACCCACCAGAGCCUGGGGAAUGAGAUACCAGGCCUUCUUUCUAACCCACAUCUCCAACUUGGCAGCACAUGACAUGGCGCACACAGCAUGGCACCAUCUUACAUCAGCUCCUCCCAGCUGAGCCAGGCUCAGCCAGGCCCCGCCGGUCAGAGGGGAGCAGCCCGGUUGAGCCAGGGCAGAGACCACCCUGCCACUUGGCGUGAAAGAAACCUGGUUUCUCCCCAACCUUGACCCUUUGAGGGCAACCAGAAAUACACCUUGACCUCACUCCUGGCACACGGUGGGGGAGGUGAGUGACGUGAUAGUGAUAGCACACGACUAAAUUUUAGUGGGCACCUUAGACAACAGCACUUGCCGGUCACUUUGUUCCAGAAUCGCAUACCGGGACAGACCCUGCCCUUAAUCAUGGGUCUAAUCUCACAUCUUUCCUCUCCAGUUACUGGAAACGAAGCCAGUUCCUACCUGGAGCUUGGCUUCUCUCGUGCAACCUGAAAUCACAGGCAGGACACAGGUUGUGUGAGCUGUAACGGAGGGAAUUGGCAGCCUGGGAGAGAGGGGAGUGGCAUAGGAGACUGGGAGCUUGGGAAGAGGGAAGGUGGACUGGUUGGCAGGGAGAUGGUUGAUGUUUGACUGAAGGAGUCGAGUCCUGCCUCAGUUCUCCUUGUAGUGGUUCUGAGCAGACUUUUUUCCUCUCUGUGGAAGUGAUUUUGGGGAAAGAAGUCACUAUGUUCCUGGAGCUCUUCUGCAAAGAGGUGCUUCUGGCUGUGGCUUCAGGACUCUGCUCUGGGCAGGGCUUGCCCUGGGAAGCAUGGGCUGCGCCCAGGAUUGGCUCAUAAGAGCAUGAGUGAAUCUGCUGGUGGCGGCCACAUGGUGCUUGCUGACCUGUUGGAUAUCCAGAGCCCAGGUAGGCCCUUGGAAGGCAGGGAGCCAGGUCAUGGCUUGAAAGCUUGGAGAUGCCAAUCCUUUUAGGAAGUGGGCUGCCCCGGGUGCCCUCAGGGCAUCUGUGUUGCUGCUGCCUUGUCGGGAGACUUUGAAGAGAUAGCAGAGGUGUGUCUCUGAUGCUGGAACCUGUCCAAGUGAGUGGUGGUUGGAAGGAGCAGUCCUGGAUUGUGGGUGGUGGUGAUGCAAGAGGUUGGUACCCCAAAACCCCUUUCUCUGCAGCUAAACUCUGACAAAUCCUCCCUGGGAUGGAUGGAGACAGUGAUGGAUUUUCUGUCCUUAAUAACUUCUUGCCUCUUUAUUUGGGUGGUUGUGUAGGGGCUUGGCAGGAUUAUUUUUUCUGGGCAAGCUCCAUGCUUCCCAGGGGUGUGAAACCUCUUCAAGACCUUCAUGGUCGUAAUGUCUUCCUAAAUUCAAGUGACUCAGUGGUGGCAUAGCUGACCAAGCAGCCCCAAGCCCUAGGCAGUUCUCUCCUAGCCAUGGAAAAGCAGGCAGGAGAUGUUCCGAGCUCCACCAGGUACCUGCUGAGCAGCCGUCCUCACUAAAUGGUGGGUGAACUGGACUGAGAUGCCAUCAGAAGAGACUUGUGGCCAUCAGUGACUUUCCCUGCCUGGCUCAACCCAAAGGAAAGCAGCACAACUUGCUUCCACUCCAGGAAAAAGGGAAAUGCUUGUUUGCUGCAGUCUGUGAGGCGAGUGUGUCUCCAUGAGCUGUAGGGGUACAAGGCAUUGGAUUGAUGGAUGGAUGCCUGUCCAAACAUUCCUAAGCAAGAGGAUGGA